AAAAGUAUACAUAUAUACUUCUUGGUUCAAGACAAGAACUUAAGAGUGAAGCAGUGAGGAAGGAACCUAAUUUCUUAUUUCAUGUUAUAAAUCAGCACUUUCCAUCUUCAGUUUUUGUCUUUUGCACAAUUAAACUGUCAAAAAAAGUAUUACAGUUUAUCUGACUUUAUUUUCCAACAGCAAGUAGCUUCAAGAGGAUUUACACAGCUGGGUAUUAAAAUCACAGAGAGUCUGACAGCUGUAUUUUGAUCUGGGGCAGGCAGCAAGUUUUGAUACCUCUUGCAGCUGCUUAUUAUUCCUCCACGAGAGAGAGAAGUAAAAAAUAGACAUGAAUAAGAUGGGAUGGUAGUGUUUGUGGAAGAGUGCAUUUACUGGGAGGAGGUAAGGAGCAAGAAUAUCUUAGGAUUCUGAGGAGAGAAGGUAAAGGACAGGGAAAUCUCAGCUGACAAAUUCAUGCAACUGUUUUUUGCUAGAUUGAAAUCAGAAGUACUUCAGAUGCUGAAUGAAAAUUACCAUGUGCACUUUUAAGAAAGAGUAUUGUUAAUAUUUAGUAUCAGAUUUAGUAUUGUAUUCCAUGGAAUAAUAGUAAUGCAUAACAUGUAGUGGUUUACGUGAAUAGAAACAAAGGAUUGCCUCAGCUUAAUGAUCAGCGUGGUCCAGUUGUUUUCCAUGCUAGGCAGAUGUGGUGUCCUGAUGCCACAGAAGGGGCUAAGAAGCUCUGGGCUUUCAUAUGAACAAGAUGAACUCAGUUUCUUGAACACGUUCACCAAUUACUCUCUUGUCUCGGUGUUGCUCUUAAAGCAGGAGUUGUCAUAACAACUCCUGGCCUUUUGUGAUGCAUCUGUUAUGAAUUUUAAAUCUGUUACUAAUUAAGGGGGAAAAAAAAGAAAAAGAAAAAACAACCAACCAAAGCUAUUCUGUAACUACAAUCAAUGAGACACACAAAGAAGGAAAGUUACCAUUUUGCCUUCAGUUCAACUGACUGUUCAAGGUAGCUUACCUGUCAGCAUCAGCUGUCCCAGAGAACAGCCACUCUAAAUACUGUAAAGGAAUGGGGAGAACAAAACUGUUCAGCAAGAAAUUGCAUAAAUUUCCUUAUUUAUGCAAGCAUGAAAGCUUUUUUUUUUUAAUCAAAAGUUCACUCUUCUGGGUUGUCAGUUGAAAUUAGCAUGCAGUUCGAUGUUACCAGUCAUGUCUUGCAGAAGUUGUCAUCUACCUCGGUGUAACCAUAUUUCGUGUAAGCUAUUGCUUUCCACCACCAGCUUCUGCUGUGUUGAGGCACUGAGGAUGCUACAGACUCAGCAUUAAGCUUAUUGUGAAACAACAACUGUGCUCCUACUCCUCUGCUGGGCAGAGGUUGAUGUCUUUAAGUAUUUGGCAUAGUACUAAUAUUCAUUAUGUGAUACUGUGAGGUGCUAUCCUAUGAAAUUCCUUUCUUCCUACUGAACUGGGUAUGUAAAUGCUCGCAUAAGCAAGAGAACGGCAGCUCUCUGUUUGACCUAAUUGUUAUCCUGAUGUCACAUUUAGGUUAGAUUUGGGUAAUCUUAUCUACUGAGGAACCUGCAACGCACCAUCAGGUGUGAGGUCCCCAUUUAAGUGUUCGUAAGUAUCAGCAGCAGCAGCAUCACCAGCAGGAAUACGUUUCCUUCAAGGGAACAAGAAGGUCUUUAAAAAAAAAUGCAUUGCUUUAUUUCCUGAUGUAGUUGAGAUGAUGAAGAUGCAUGUUUUCAGUACACUUGUGCCCGCAUACUUGCAUUGUAUUCCAGGCAGUCAGGCAGCAGAACAGCUUUGGGCAGUGGUAUUAACACCAUAUUCACAUUCUGUGUGUUCUAAAACUCGGUGUUAGGAAGCAGCAGUUUGCUUUAGAGCAGCCCCUUUAGAAAUAAAAGGAACUUUGCCUUUUUCUGUCGUUCAGACAGCCGGAAAUCUGUCCAACCAAAACCUGGCUAACAGCUGCUCUAACUAUGUAGCCACUAAGAGAAGAACGUCUUUCUUCUCUUGGAACAGCCAAAAUCGUUAACGCAAGAAGGAACUGCUGCAGUGUGAGGUAAAGAUUUAAAUUCGCAACACAUUAGGGCUCGGGCUGUCUUAGUUGCGACUGAAAGCCCGCUGAAGCGGCGCUCCUCAGCAGGUCGGCGCUCGGUUUGAGGGGCGGCCGUUGCCCCCUCACGGUGUCGGCACGGCGCGGCACCGCGGCUCCGCUCGGCGCGGCGGGAGGCGGCUCCUCCUCAGGGCGCACGGCUGCAUCCCCGGCCGGAAGAGGAAGGCCGCCGGGCGCCGAGGAGAGCCGGGGAGGAGCCGCCGCCCGCAGCAUCCCUAGGGACGGCUCUCGGCGGGCGGAGGAGCGGAUCAGAGCACUUGGGAACAUGGCUCUGAGAGAGAGAGAAGCCAGCAGCAGCUCCGCCGAUGACAAGCAAGAGCAGAACUGCAGUCGUGUUAUUACAAUUGUCUUCCUGGCACUCCUCAUCGACUUGUUGGGAUUUGCUCUCAUUUUGCCAUUGUUUCCUUCCAUCCUUGAUUAUUACAGCCAGACUGAGGAUGGAUUCUAUUUGUCAUUGCAACGUGGAGUGGACUGGUUUGCAGCAAUGGUUGGAAUGCCUCCAGAGAGGAAAUACAACAGUGUCUUGUUUGGAGGUCUGAUUGGCUCAAUGUUUUCCAUCCUUCAGUUUUUCUCCUCUCCCCUCACUGGAGCUGUGUCAGACUGCUUGGGCAGAAGGCCAGUCAUCUUGAUGACAGCGAUGGGUUUGAUAGCAUCUUAUGCACUAUGGGCUGCAUCUCGGUCUUUCGGAGUUUUUCUUCUCUCCAGGAUGAUAGGUGGAAUAAGCAAAGGGAAUGUCAGCCUCUGCACAGCUAUAAUUGCUGACUUGCACUCUCCAAAAGCACGGAGCAAGGGCAUGGCAAUGAUUGGUGUUGCUUUCUCCCUCGGUUUUACCCUGGGUCCCAUGAUUGGAGCUUAUCUAGCCAUGGAGACAGAAAAAGGAGAAGUCUUCUAUCGUCGUUCAGCAUUAUUAGCACUCACGUUUGCUGCAGCUGACUUGAUUUUCAUCUUCUUCUUGCUUCCAGAGACACUUCCCAAAGAAAAACGGGUCUCCUCUGUGACAACCGGGUUUCAGGCAGCAGCUGACCUGCUCAGUCCUUUGGCUUUAUUUCGGUUCUCUGCAGUCACCCAAGGAAAGGAGGCCCCUUCAGAUCAGAAUCUUCAGAACCUCAAAAUCUUGGGCCUGGCUUACUUCCUGUACCUCUUCCUGUUUUCUGGAUUGGAGUAUACACUGAGUUUUCUUACUCACCAGAGAUUCCAGUUCAGCAGUAUGCAGCAGGGCAAGAUGUUUUUCUUUAUUGGAAUAACAAUGGCUGUGAUCCAGGGAGGCUAUGCUCGCCGAAUAAAGCCAGGAAAUGAAAUCAGAGCCGUAAAAAGGGCCAUUUUGUUGUUGAUUCCAGCAUUCCUGUUAAUUGGAUGGGCUGCAAAUGUGACCCUGCUGAGCGCUGGACUGUUGCUGUACUCGUUUGCUGCUGCCAUUGUUAUCCCGUGUUUGUCUGCAGUGGUAUCAGGCUACGGUUCUGCCAGCCAAAAAGGAAGAGUCAUGGGGAUCCUGAGGAGCCUGGGGGCUCUUGCGAGGGCGCUGGGACCUGUCCUGUCAGCCACAGUUUACUGGCUGGCAGGGGCAGAGAGUUGCUUCACCAUCUGUGGAGCUUUUUUCCUCAUCCCCUUCAUUUUACUCGGUUCUAUCAAAAAGCAGACAAAGGAAGAGUAGGCAAAGGCAAGAAGAAGCCAGAGCUAUCACCAGCUUCCAAGGCCUUCCCCACCACCCGAUUCUCACCACUUGAGUCCACUGACCAAACUGGGAGAAAAAGAUGUUCUGGAAGGCAAGGUGCAAUGGCCACAUGCUGUAACAGUGGGCUGCAGAUUUCUUACGGCCUCCACAAGCACUUCAGUUGACCACAGCCUCACAAUUGCCUUGGCCAGUUUUGAAAAUGAAACCAAAAAAAAGGAAAACAAAACAUGCUUCAGCUUAGUGAAGCAUGAAGACCAUCAGAUGAGGCUUGGCAAGCUGAGACUGGCCUUACAGCAGCGCUGCUGCACACCAUGCUCCAAAAUGACAAUUUGACAUCACGUGCUGGUCGCCACCACACUGCAGUCCAUAAGGAGCUGCUCUUUGCACAUCUUCUUUGUCAUCAGCACAAUCCUGAUGACCCCCACUGCCCAAAGCCUCCACGAAGAGGACUCUUCUGCCUCCAGCUAGCAGAGAACAAAUGUACAGAAGCUGUCUGACAGACACUGGAUGCUGCACAGCCAGCGUGAUGAGAGCCGCACAAGUCAUCUAUCAGUGGAGCUGGUAAGCGCCGUAUCAACUGCCUUAAAGCCUGACAAUCAAAAAGAAGAGCAAGCAGCAUGCUCCAGGCUUCCUGAGCCUGACUGCUACUUUGGUCUUAAAUGGACUGUUUUUACUACACAAUUAAAUCGAGCUGUUUUAUAUUUCUAGUACUGCAUGUUUUUUGAUGACCAACCACCGUUCAUUUGCAUUACAAAUAAACUGUUCCAUCCAGUCAGUAAUCAAUGCAAACCCAACUCUGCUACUAUGAUUUGGCACAGCAGAACUAGAGUCCAGGAGCCCACAGAAGGGACCAGAAUCCUCCAGCAGCCAACAGUGCUUCCCAGCAGGGCUGGGACAGGUUCUUCAGCAGAGGUUGCCCUGGAAGACCAGGGGGAGGGAAGGGUUUAGGGGAAGGGGAAGGACCCCUCCAUUUUCUCACAACACCCACCUUCUAUUUGAGCUCAGCUGGUUCUGCUUUUUAGCGGCCAGUUCCUGCCAACUGUGCAGGUAGAAUGCCUGGGAAGGAAGCCCUGCAGGAGCCAAUUUAAGUAUUGUUUCCAAGAAUACAUUAAAUCAUUGAUAAAUGACUAACAGAAAAUGGAGCUAAUUAAUUAAAUGUUCAGGUCUACAGCUGUAGAACAGUACAAGUUUUGAAAGCAAAGGGGAGCGUGCUUUUUUUAAAGAGUUUUAUUUGUGAGUAGAACUUAAUUGAUACAAGAAAAAGAAAAAUACAGGACUUUAAUUUGCCCCAGAGUGUGUAACCAUACCAUACAUGACUACAUUUCAUUUGUAAUACAAAGAAUUAAAAGAACAAACUACAAAAUUUGAAAUUAAAAGUCAUUGCAUAUGUGGUCAAAGAUAAAUGGAGGGAUUCCAUUAAUGAACUGAAACGUAGAGCAAUUAGUAAUUUAAUUACGACCCUGCAAUAAAACACAAUUUAGCAAAAUAAGUAUUGUAUGCUUCCUAGUGUACAGAGGACAUACAAGGUUAAAGUACAAGCUGAAAGCCAUUAGUGCCAUGCAGCCCUGACUAAACAUUGCUGUUUAGGGGUCAAUCUCGCACAGUGAGUUACUGCUGCUUCAAUUCCCACCGUACCUCUACCCAUCCCAAACAGGCAAAGCUCCAUUCCUCACAGCAUUCAAUACUACUUGGAAAGCUCUUUGCUCAUCUGAAGCCUUACAGCUCUGAUUGCCAUUUCUGCCAUUUUCCCUUCACUGUCUGAAACCCAAGGUACCAGCGCCCCAGACCUAAUGUAGGCCUUUCUAACCCCCAGCUGCUGAACCCAUCUCUUCUGCGAUGCUUUCUACUACGUGAAUUGUAAGGCAUUAAGUUCUCCACUAUUUUACCAAUCAACAUUGUCCUAAAAUUAACACCCACAUUCUGUUUGCUGCACGUACUGCAAGCCAAAGCGCUGCCUUCUUCUCCCACGCAGGAGUUUUCAACGUUUCUGCUGUUAAAGCCAGAAAUGCUACCACGGGGAGGCAGUGAGCCACCUUCCCUGCUUGGGGCUAGGGCAAUGACAGCGCCUGGGGGAUUCCUGCAAGCCUCACUUCUCUCAUCUUGAGACUACUUACACAAUUAGUGAUAGACAGAAGCAUGGCAAUAACUGGAGAAGAGUUAAUUCAGUAGUGAAAGUGAGUUUCUUGACCAUGCUACGUACUAAACAAACAUUUAUAGCAAACGUCUGUGAAAAUACAUCCUUAAGAAGGUUAGCUGGAAUUCCUGUACUUUACUGCUGGCAACAAGAACAACAAAAUUAAGAAAUACCAGUUGUGAGGUUCUUUGUGAGUGAAAAUAAUAUCAAAACAAGGUUCAAUGCUCAGUGUAACACAUUUACAUUUUUAUCAUGGGAAGAAAUAGUAGCAAAAUGCUGCAGAUGGGGUUUCUGUGCAGCAGGUCUGCAUUUGCACACAGGGUAUUUUUGAACAGGCAGAACAAACCUGUGCUAAGGCCUAAAAUGCAGCCAUCUGGGCUUCACAUCACCAUGGACUGACCUUUUAACUUCACCCAACAGCCAAAUCACCAUCUGACAGAUUCUUAGGGAGCCAAGGACUGAUUUCCCUCAAGCUGCAUUCCCUGGAAGAGGGCUCCAUCAACACACAGCACCAGCAAACCACGCUGCAGUUACUUCAGUCCUACACAAGGAUGGUUUCAGGUGUA